UUUACACACUCCCCGCCAGCAGGGGGCGCUGCAGGAUUUUCUGCUCGUCCGCCGACAGGCUGGUUCCGGUUUGGGCUGAGCCAUGGCGCCGAGCUUUGUUAUGAACAGAUAGCCGGUUCGGGUCUCGCCCAGGCGGGAUGGAGGAAGCGCCGGACACGGGCUCGAGCGCACGAGCGGAGAGGAAAGCUUUGGAAAAGGCCCAAAUCCAGCAGCGGGAGAGCGAGAGGAGGAUCCUCCGGCUGGUCGGACGGGUGUUGAAAAAACCGGAGGCUGAGCGGUCCGAGGAGGAGGCCGCGGUGCUGCUGCUUCACAGAGACACCGCGGAGGAGCUCGGCAGGAGACGGAGCCGCAGGGACGGGCUUCGGAGGAAGCAGGAGGAGGUUUUUGACGACGCUGAAGUGUUGAAAAGUAAAGUGCAGCAGUUAGCUGCAGCCGUGCGGCAGGCCAGUCACCUGGUAGUUUACACUGGAGCGGGGAUCAGCACGGCGGCCUCCAUCCCAGAUUACAGGGGGCCUAACGGGGUGUGGACGCAGCUGCAGAAAGGGCAGGCGGUCAGCUCGUCGGACCUGAGUCAAGCUGAACCGACGCUCACGCACAUGUGCAUCAGGAUGCUGCAUGAGGAGAAGCUGGUGAAGCAUGUUGUAUCUCAGAACUGUGAUGGGCUCCACCUGCGCAGCGGUCUGCGCAGACACGCCCUGUCGGAGCUCCAUGGUAACAUGUUCAUCGAGGUGUGCACGUCCUGCUCCCCGGUCAGAGAGUAUGUGCGCCUGUUUGACGUGACGGAGCGGACCUCGCUGCACCGCCACGCAACCGGUCGCAGCUGCAGCUGCUGCGGCGCCGAACUCCGGGACACCAUCGUUCACUUCGGGGAGCGCGGGAGCCUGGAGCAGCCUCUGAACUGGGAGGGGGCCGUGGAGGCGGCGAGGAGGGCCGACGUCAUCCUCUGCCUGGGCUCCAGCCUGAAGGUGCUGAAGAAAUACUCCUGUCUGUGGUCCAUGAACAGGCCCGUGAGUAAAAGGCCGAAGCUCUACAUCGUCAACCUCCAGUGGACGCCUAAAGACGACUUGGCCGUCCUGAAGAUUCACGGCAGGUGUGAUGACGUCAUGCGCCGGCUGAUGGAGGAGCUGAACCUCCAGAUACCUGCGUACGACAGGACGAAGGACCCCAUCUUCAGUUUAGCCACGCCCCUGAAGCCAGAAGAGCUGCACAGCCAUACCCGUGAGCUCAUAGCGCCCCCCAGAGGACAGGACAGGAGCUCUGCUGACUUGGGGGUGCAGAUGAAGGAAGCCCCUCAUGUGCAGGGGGGCUGGUUUGGACGAGGCUACGGCAAAGGAAGGAGGAAAAGGAAAAAAGCGGAGUGACGCUGAAACGUGUGGAUCACCUGUCUUCAUGGAUCAGCUCUGUACUCAUGGGGGUCUGAUGUUUACAAAUUCUUCACGACAGCGGGCAGCUUCUCCUCUGGACCCCGGCAGCUGAACCGUCUGUGUUCCUGAACGUUUGGGCCGACAGAACCGUUUCUGUGGUCUCUCUGUGUUGUCUGUAGAAACCAGUGGCUGUGUACGUCCAACAUGUCAUGUCUGCAGUUUUUAUAAAUGGAUCAUCUGAGUAUA